AUGGCGGCUACGUUAUCUCGCCAAACCUCUGCUUCUGACCUAAAUUCACAAUAUCGGGGUGCUGCUAGUGAAGCGAUCCCACCAUCACCCAAGUCGCCUACUUUCCCAAAGGGUCACUCACUCAAGGGCUCACUUCAGAUCGCUGCAGCUGCCUGGCUUGGCCGCGGAACAAGUCAGACAUCACAAUCUUCUGGAAUUAAAAACAUGCAAAUAUCCGACCCCCGACCGACAAACCCAUACGAUGUUGCUGCACGAGCUCCAAGUGCAUUAGGAAAUGGGCCCGCUGUGGUUCGUACGCCUCAACACGUACACACUAACUCCUUACCCCGCACCGGGACACCCAAUGAGAAGGAUGAGCCUGUUAAUGAGUAUCCCGUCAUCGAUAUCCGCGCACCUGUCCCCGUCUCUCCUUCCAACGCAACACCACCACUUGUAACCAGUCGGCGCGAGUCACCUCCCCGCCGCGAAUCCCCCGUUCCUCGACGCGACUCACCUAUCAUGCGACAAGAGUCGUCUGUCCCAGGCCGCGCUUCGCCAGCUCCGUCUGGCUUACGCAGCCUGCAUACGUCAAAAAGCCAUUCGCAUCUUCAGAGCCCACCACGUGUUGUUCCAUUACCGCUUAAUUUGGCUUCGAGUCGCCAACCUUUGCUCCGAGCAGCGCUCAGGCCACCCUCGCCGACCAAGUCAACCAGCUCCAAUGGGCAGUAUCUCCCGCUUCUCCCGCCUCCUCGCCAAGCAUCUGUUCCGCCAAAAGAUACACCCCCGACUUCCCCACUCCCACCUUUCCACCCGGUCCUCUCUACUGUGCCGACUCGCCCUGUCGUCCCAUCUCAGGUAAUUGUACAACUCGAGACGUCUACUCUGGCCCAGCGAACGACAGUGGCCACUCUUACCGCCCGCCCGUCUCGCCUGGCCACUUACCUCCAAGCCCUCGUGCCUACAGCUGGCAGCAAAGAAGCCUCGCUCGACUCUACCUUUUCGUCGCUCUUCGCUGCACACCUCGCUCAAGCAGGAAUCGUUCCCCAACUACAAAGCUCUCAAAAUGGCCCAAUCCACAUCUUCCUUGAUCGCCCAAGUGCACCAUAUGCACACAUUCUCACUUACUUGCGUUCUUCGGGAAGCGCUCCAGGAAUUUUGCCCCGUGCCGCAUCGCUCGCCCUCAGUACUGAACCUGCACGAGUUGAAGCACUGUGCGAGCUUCGUGAUGAAGCUAAAUAUCUUGAACUGACGGAGCUCGCCGAGUUGUGUGACAAGGAGUUAAUUGCACGGGCUCCAAGACUCCGGAACACCGUUUCCUCGUCCAGUUUACGAGAAUUCAAGUUUGGAAGCGAGGCCCUCGAGUCGAAGCUCAAGGAUUAUAAAUUCGGUACACCAGGUGUUGAUUCUUUGCGAGAAGAGGAGGGUGAGGCUCAACAGGCUGUCGAGGUACCGCCUAUUGUGUACGAAAAGCGAGGUUCACAUUCAGGCAUGGUGACGACUGUCCCUCCCCGGAAUGUACAGACAAUAAAUGCCAAGGUCGGACCACGAAUCCUGAGGUCACCGCCAUCUCAUACAAGAAUGCGCACGAUUAGUGAAGUGCAGUACGUUGCCUCGGAGGAUGGUAGACUCUGGGUCUAA